GAAAUUCGUUUGGAUAAGAAAAUCCCAACUGCGCGCAAUCUACAGAGAGAGAAAGAGUGAAGAGAGAGAGUGACACGUCACCACCUUCACAACCAUGGCUGCUCUUCAGCACCUCUCUUCUUCUAUCACCGCUCCCCUCCCGCCGCAGCUCCGCUCUCGUUUCCAUCCCCGCCGCCGCGGCGGAUGUCGCCUCCUCCCUUCUGCCUCGGCCGCUCCUCACUCCGCGCAGACUGAUAACUCCAUCACCCGCCGCCAAUUGAUCGGCGGACUACAAGCCGCCGCCGCCGCCGCGAUUUCGCUCUCUCCGCUCGGCCGCAAGGCGCUGGCGGCGGACGACUCGCUGUCCGAGUGGGAGAGAGUUUUCCUUCCGAUUGAUCCCGGCGUCGUGCUUCUCGACAUUGCUUUCGUCCCCGAUGAUCCCUCUCACGGUUUCCUAUUGGGGACUAGACAAACUUUGUUGGAGACAAAAGACGGAGGAACCACUUGGGCUCCACGUUCCAUACCAUCUGCCGAGGAUGAGGACUUUAACUAUAGGUUUAAUUGCAUCAGCUUCAAAGGGAAGGAAGGUUGGAUUAUAGGCAAGCCAGCUAUUCUUUUGUACACUUCAGAUGCUGGAGAUACAUGGAAGCGCAUACCGUUAAGUUCUCAACUUCCUGGUGAUAUGGUAUAUAUAAAGGGUACUGGAGAAAAGGGUGCCGAAUUGGUAACUGAUCAGGGUGCAAUUUAUGUCACAUCAAAUGGUGGAUACAAUUGGAAGGCUGCUAUUCAGGAGACUGUUUCAGCUACUUUAAAUAGAACAGUUUCUAGUGGUAUCAGUGGUGCCAGCUACUAUACAGGAACAUUUAGCACUGUCAAUCGCUCACCUGAUGGAAAAUAUGUCGCUGUUUCAAGCCGUGGUAACUUCUAUCUGACAUGGGAACCAGGUCAGGCAUAUUGGCAGCCUCAUAAUAGGGCUAUUGCAAGAAGAAUUCAGAACAUGGGGUGGAGAGCUGACGGUGGUCUUUGGCUUCUAGCACGUGGUGGGGGACUUUUUCUUAGCAAGGGUACUGGGAUAUCUGAGGAAUUUGAGGAAAUUCCAGUGCAGAGUCGUGGAUUCGGGAUUCUUGAUGUUGGGUACCGAUCAGAGGAUGAGGCUUGGGCAGCCGGUGGGAGUGGGGUUCUGCUGAAAACCACGAACAGUGGGAAGACCUGGGUCCGCGACAGAGCAGCUGACAACAUCGCUGCCAAUCUUUACUCAGUGAAGUUCAUAAAUGACAAGCAAGGAUUCGUACUGGGGAACGACGGAGUCUUGCUGAAAUAUCUAGGAUGAAUAGGCUGCCUGAAAUAUUUUGUUUAGUUGUCUGUGAUCGCCAGUGUCUCAUCUCCAAUUACAUUCAAGAGGAACCAUGUGAGUUGAUUGCUUAAUUUUGUUUAUUUAUCUGAUUCUUGGCUGUUCUACAUAAAUACAUAAGGCUUUGGCUUUUAUAUAGUACUCCUAUUUAGAUCACUGGAAAUUGGUAAA